AUGAGAUCGCGAAAUACGGAUGCGCCAUCGAGACGCCGUGGAGGUUUAGCGCGGGCUGCAGGGCUCCUCAAGCGUGCGGCGACUAGAAGGGAUAGUUUGGAGAGCAAAACCGUAGCCAGCUUCACGUCAUCCCCACCCCCUUCCGCUCCACAAGAUCGCGUCUCUCGCACCAGUACUGUGGGGAUGUGGGAAGAUGUUGACACGCGGUCUGCAUCGCGGUAUUAUGAAAAGAACCCUCCUUCUCCCAUUAGGCUUAACUCCGCCUUCCAUCGUUCUUAUGGUGGGCAGGUUGGACAGGGGUUCAAAGCAGCACGUGCUCACCCAAUGAGUGCAACAACCUCUAUCGGUCGCUUCGGUUCUAUUCUGUUCAGCGGCGACACAGUGUCUGUGCCCAGGGGGCGAGGCCAUUCUAAGAGUCCUGCGCUUUCUCCGGCUGCUGAUAUAAUUGCUCACAUCGUCACAGAUGACCUGAAGGGUAGUGUAGAGAGGAGCCGGCGUGAAGUAUCAACUGACCCCCCAUGUUGGAGGGUUCAGCACGAUGAGGACAUUGCACGGCAUGAACUCCACAUAGAAGAAAUGGAAGCGUAUUCCGCUCUAAUUCAAAAAAUGAUGACACAUAGAGUGCUUCAGGUUAAAGCUUAUCAGCAGCGGUUAGAUGCAGAAGAAAAGAUGUGGUUAGCACUACAAAAUGUACAUGCUGUAAUCGAGAAGGAGGAGGAGAGACGCAACUUGAUAGUUAGCAAGGAAAGCGUCGAUAGGCGCAACCUCACGAGGAAGGUUGAUGGCGGCGAGUGUAGCGACGAGGAGGAACCAGCGGUGGAAAUAAACCCAGGUGAAUGGAUUAGUUACGCGUAUCCGCUACAAACUGAAAAGCUGCGUAUACAAGAGUCAGCACAACGUCAACGAAUGUAUCUUGAACACGCCAUUGCAAUCCAUAAAUUACAAACAAGGAUGAGAUUGGCACUAAAAAUGUUAAACGCUGCACGAAUAAAGAAAGAGGAAAUAGAUGAGAAAGGACAUCCAACUGAAAAAUAUCCAGUUAGAAAAUCUAACACCAAUGAGAGUCUCCUUCUAUGGAACUCUUGGGACUCCGACUUGGAUGAGGCGAUGGAUCAAGAAAUAUACGAACUCAUAAAUAUUUUAUGGAAAAACGACAAAGUGUCACACUCCACACCAACGACGCUCAACGAAACACAGGACAUGGCUUCAACGCAAUCACCAACUAAACGACACAUAAAGGCAGACGAUGAAGAGCCAGAAAAAAUAAAGACAACAGAACGAGAGGGGAUCAUAAACACACAUGAACAAAGGAAAAACUACAAGCAAAGAAUAAUAUGCAGGGAGGAGCACGAGAGGGAUAAGAUAAUGGAAAACGAGGUAAACGCCAUGUUCAACAUACUACGAAACACAAAUAAAACACAAAAAGAAGAAAUUUACGAAGAUGCAAAUAAAGAAAAAAUACAAAAAAAAAUAGAAGAGAAAAAAAAAGACGAAUAUUCACACGAAAUCAAAGAAAACAAUCAUCAAGGCAUAUCGGAUAAAGACAAUGAAAACAGCACAAAAAAUAACUCAGCGGAAACAAAUAACAAAUCCAACGAAACACGUAUACGCAGUACAUCUACAAAAGUUGAUUGUGCAUUUGAUCUCCAUGAUCAAUUCACUGAUGACAUGCUUGCAAUAUCUAUGGAUAAUGCCACCACAACUGAAACACAGGACCGUGAAGGAUUGCAAGGUGAUGAAUGCCGUGAGCGGUUUGCAUUAUGUGCUUCUGCUAUUGAAGGUGAAGAGGACGCCUCCCGCAAAGAUAUUGUGUGUGCAUAUGAUGAUUGUGCAUUUGAUCUCCAUGAUCAAUUCACUGAUGACAUGCUUGCAAUAUCUAUGGAUAAUGUCACCACGACUGAAACACAGGACCGUGAAGGAUUGCAAGGUGAUGAAUGCCGUGAGCGGUUUGCAUUAUGUGCUUCUGCUAUUGAAGGUGAAGAGGACGCCUCCCGCAAAGAUAUUGUGUGUGCAUAUGAUGAUUGUGCAUUUGAUCUCCAUGAUCAAUUCACUGAUGACAUGCUUGCAAUAUCUAUGGAUAAUGUCACCGCAACUGAAACACAGGACCGUGAAGGAUUGCAAGGUGAUGAAUGCCGUGAGCGGUUUGCAUUAUGUGCUUCUGCUAUUGAAGGUGAAGAGGACGCCUCCCGCAAAGAUAUUGUCUGUGCAUAUGAUGAUUGUGCAUUUGAUCUCCAUGAUCAAUUCACUGAUGACAUGCUUGCGAUAUCUAUGGAUAAUGUCACCACAACUGAAACACAGGACCGUGAAGGAUUGCAAGGUGAUGAAUGCCGUGAGCGGUUUGCAUUAUGUGCUUCUGCUAUUGAAGGUGAAGAGGACGCCUCCCGCAAAGAUAUUGUGUGUGCAUAUGAUGAUUGUGCAUUUGAUCUCCAUGAUCAAUUUACUGAUGACAUGCUUGCAAUAUCUAUGGAUAAUGUCACCACAACUGAAACACAGGACCGUGAAGGAUUGCAAGGUGAUGAAUGCCGUGAGCGGUUUGCAUUAUGUGCUUCUGCUAUUGAAGGUGAAGAGGACGCCUCCCGCAAAGAUAUUGUGUGUGCAUAUGAUGAUUGUGCAUUUGAUCUCCAUGAUCAAUUCACUGAUGACAUGCUUGCGAUAUCUAUGGAUAAUGCCACCACAACUGAAACACAGGACCCUAAAGGGUUGUAUUUUUUUGCUGAAACGUUGAUAACUUUUAGUGCUGGUGAAAGUACGGAAUCUACCUUCGGUGAUAAAGCUGGUGAUGUGCCAUAUUCUGGAUUUGAUAGUGAGAGGAGGGGACUUGCACUUGGUGCCUUCAAUACAUAUGGUGCUGGAACUUCUUUGCAAAAUGACGGCUUACGCGCAGGAGAAGGAGUUGACUCGUUGCGACCUUUUAGUGCUGGUGAAACUGCAGAAUCUACCUUCGGUGAUAAAGCUGGUGAUGUGCUAUAUUCUGGAUUUGAUAGUGACAGGAGGGGACUUGCACUUGGUGCCUUCAAUACAUAUGGUGCUGGAACUUCUUUGCAAAAUGACGGCUUACGCGCAGGAGAAGGAGUUGACGCUUCUGGUUCUUUUUCCUGUAGUCUUAUGGACGUGGAGGAGGAUGAGCGGAUUCUUUUAUUGCAGGAGGAGGAUAGGCGGUUCAAACGGUUGCUGAAGCGUUUUGUUUCCCGUCCGGUAAAUGAUUUAGAAAAACGUCGUGGUACUCCGAAUAUGCGGGUUGAUGUUGCUUCAUUUACGUGUGGUUGUGUGUUGGAGAGAUGGGUUAUCCGUAACCGCUGA